GCCGUAACCCGGAAGCAGCCGCUAACCCGGAAGAGGUGGCGUCGUAGAGGGUCCUGCAGGCGUCGGGGGCGGCCCUGCGGCUUCGGCUGCGAGUGCGGCGCUAGGAUGAACGCCCCUCCCGCCUUUGAGUCGUUCUUGCUCUUCGAGGGCGAAAAGAAGAUUACCAUUAACAAGGACACCAAGGUACCCAAUGCCUGUUUGUUUACCAUCAACAAAGAAGACCACACACUAGGAAACAUCAUCAAAUCACAGCUGCUGAAGGACCCCCAGGUGCUGUUUGCUGGCUACAAAGUCCCCCACCCCCUGGAGCACAAGAUCAUCAUUCGAGUGCAGACCACACCAGACUACAGCCCCCAGGAGGCCUUCACCAACGCCAUCACAGACCUCAUCAGCGAGCUGUCCCUGCUGGAAGAGCGAUUCCGGGUGGCUAUUAAAGACAAGCAAGAAGGCAUCGAAUAGUGGGCUGGAGGAGUCUUGUUUGGCUGGUUCCUACCCUGCACUGGAACCUUCUCCGGGCUUCCAGUAGAGGCGAGCAGCUUCCCUGGCUUCAGGGACAUCUUGUUGAGCUCCUCCCCCCAGAGUUGGUGUGUCCUGUACACGGAGUGUUUUACCUUCCUAAUAAAGACCUGGCUAUGGGAA